AUGCACCGCAUGACUUGGUGUUGCUUUCGAUGGAAUGCUGGAAUUGUAGGCGCCUUACACAAUACAAUUCUAGAAACAACAAAAAACAUUUCAAAACGUUAUGGCGGAAAAGAAAACGAAAGAAAUCAAAACUUUCGCUUUUCAUUUGCAUUUUCCUGCAUUCAGAUAUUGCACAAUUGA